GAUUGCAAUGGUAGAAAACUUUUAGGUAUGACUUUAUUUCAGUGGCAAAUAAGAUUCUUCCCAAUCUCAUCUCCAGCCAUAAAAAGAGAAUAGAGAACCCAAAAAUAUAAAAUACAAAAACAAUUUCACAAAAUAGAGAAUUGUUGAUCCCAUUCUCAACUACCCCAGGUUUAACCUCUUUCUUUUUUGUUCUCUUCCAAAAUUUCAGCUCUGCAAUAAUUUCCGAUUCCUUCCUCUCCGAUUCUACAAUUUAGGGUUUCUGAUCAACCCACGAUCUGCCAAUUUCAGAAACCCUAAUUUCCCGAGAAAAGUCCGAGCUUUGUCAACGUCAACGGCUGCAGAUGAAGCACGCGAAGAAGAAGAAGAAGAGAAGCUCACAGGCGCCGAAGAAGGUGGUCGUCGUCCAAGGGAAAGACGAGGAGAUGAAGAAGGAGAAGGCGGUCCACGCGCUUACGGAGGCUUUCGUCUCGGUCUCUCUGCACGACACCGUGUCGGCUUACCAGGAAGCCAGAGGCGAUCCCGACGAGGCGACGGAGAUCUUAUGGCGAGCCUUGUCGGAAAAUGCCGACGAUCCGUCGACGAGCUCCACGUCCGGCGAGGGUUCGGGAUCGUCGGAAGGGUUUGUGGAGACCAGUUGUGUUCAGAAUUUGGUGGGCGAGAAGAGUUCUAGAGGGAACAAGCAGAAGAGGGUGGUCACGGCGACGGGCACUGUGUCGACGGUUCUGGGGAAGGGGUAUAUGGUGCCGAGUCCGAGGAAGGAUCUGAGGACUAUAGAUACGAAGCUGAAAGGUUUAGGUAAUGGCGUCGCGGGCAGAGAGAAGGCUGAACAGUUUCUUUGCUCGAUGCUUGGAGAUGAGUCCGAGCUGAACUUGGCCGUUAUUAGAGACGUACUAUGUCAGUGUGGAUACGAUGUGGAUAAGGCAUUGAAUGCGUUGCUAGCUUUAUCAUCUUCUUCUGAUCCUAAUUAUAGCUUGAGCUUAUACCCUAUGGAACAUUCUGAUACUCUGACAGAUGGGGUCUCAGAAUGCUCUUCGCAUUCAUCAGAAUGUGACCUACAUGAUAGCAUAUGGUCUGUGGGCUGUGGUUGCAGGAAGAAUUAUGCAAAGGUCCUUGCCACUUCUGAAGCUCAGUCUCCUACUACCCGAAGGAGUACUGAGUCAGUUCUCUCUCAAAAGGUGUUGGAAUCUUUCUUUAAGAUCUCUAAGAGUACUGAAUAUCAACCUAGCACCAUGAAUUGGAGGAAUGUUGUUAACAAAUUGCAGUCAUUGGGACCUCAAUUUGAUAUUUGCACAUCUAAUGAUUCGGAGGCACAGAAUAAUUAUGCCAAAGGAGAUGAAUAUUGUGUGUUUAGGAAAACUGCAAACCAACAAUGGGAUUCAGUUAGAUCCUGCUAUGAGAAAGCAGCAAAAGCAUAUGCAAAUGGAGCGAGGCAAUAUGCUUCAUACCUUUCUGAGCAGGGGCAGAUGCAGACUAAAUUGGCACGAGUGGCUGAUGAAAGGGCCAGCAAAGAUAUAUUUAAGGCUAGAAACAAUGAAAUACAAAAUGUAAUAACUAUUGAUUUGCAUGGACAACAUGUCAGACAAGCAAUGAGGGUCUUGAAAAUGCAUCUCUUAUUUGUUUCGUAUGUGCAAACGGUUCAGAUCCUAAGGGUAAUCACAGGAUGUGGAGCACAUGGAGUGGGCAAGUCAAAGCUAAAACAAUCGGUCAUCAGACUUCUGGAAAACGAAGGUAUUGAGUGGAGCGAGGAGAAUCGGGGAACCGUGCUUAUCAAGCUACAUGGACAGAGAGAGUUUAGCUUUCUGGAUUCCAUGAGCGACACCGAGUAAAUUGCUCUAACGUGCUUUGCUCAUCUAUUCUUCCCUUGAGAGUUCAAGGAAGUGAGAUAAUUGCCUGGAUGGGCAAUGUGAUAAUGGCAUUUGCCCCGAAAUGUUGUAAAAUAGUCUAUUAGUCUUUGUUUGCUAUCGAGUCGCGUCGUUAAAUGACUUACAUAGAGUUGUUCCGUUGUAAACCCUAAUGUAAACUGUAGUGCUCAAGGCCAGAUCUCACGUCUGUACAUGAACUCUUAUUUAUAGGAAGGUGUAAUUCUUAGAAACGUCAAUGGAUACAGCGAGCAUGUAACUCAACAUGGUUACGUGAUACUGACAUUUACUGCUGUAAAAUAUAUUUUAUACAUGGGCUAUUAUGUAUCUCACUUUAUAUCC